GUAACCCGGAAGCGAUCCUGUCCUAACCCCUUUUUGUAUUACCCACAAUCCUCUCGUUCUUCCUUUUCCAGCUUCCCCUGACGCGAUGGCGCCGCUUAAGAAAGGAGGUGAGAAGAAGAAGGGACGGUCUGCUAUUAAUGAGGUGGUGACUCGGGAAUACACCAUUAAUGUCCACAAGAGGAUCCACGGCAUCUCCUUCAAGAAGCGAGCGCCUCGUGCCAUCAAGGAAAUCCGCAAGUUUGCUAUGAAGGAGAUGGGCACGCCCGACGUCCGCAUCGACACCCGUCUGAACAAGGCCGUGUGGGCGAAGGGAGUCAGGAACGUCCCCUAUCGCAUGCGCGUGCGUUUGUCCAGGAAACGUAACGAAGACGAAGAUUCACCCAACAAGCUGUACACGCUCGUCACGUACGUCCCAGUCACCACGUACAAAGGUCUCCAGACCGUCAACGUGGAUGAGAACUAAAUGUACGUCUCAUAAAAUUGUAAUAAAAUUCUAAAAAGUU